AAGUUAGCUUUUUCGUGUGGUAGUUGUCAACGCCGCGAGAGCUCUGAUGCAAAUAGCCGAAACUCGCAUCGUGUUAAUUUAACCUGAAAACGACGUUCGUUUAACACCAAUCACAAAUCUCCCCAAUUUUUUUCUUCUGUCUCUCUCUAAUUCUUCUUCUAGGUUUAGAGAGAGACGAAUCCAUCAACAAAAUCUCAUUCUCCUCAAAAUUUUCAACCGAUUUUGACUCUUUUGACUCCAUGACUUCCUCCAAUUCCGAUUUGGUUCGUACUAUUGAAUCCGUUCUCGGAAUUUCUCUCGGAGAUUCCGUUUCCGAUUCGGUUGUUAUUGUCACCACUACCUCCGCCGCUAUUAUAAUUGGACUUCUGGUGUUUCUGUGGAGGAAAUCGUCGGAUCGGAGCAGAGAGUUGAAGCCGGUUGUAGUUCCGAAGUUUUCCGUGAAAGAAGAGGACGAUGAGGUCGAUGUUGGUCCGGGAAAGACGAAAGUUACGGUGUUCUAUGGAACUCAAACUGGUACUGCUGAGGGAUUUGCGAAGGCAUUGGCAGAGGAGAUCAAGGCAAGAUAUGAAAAAGCAGUUGUCAAAGUUGUUGAUAUGGAUGACUAUGCCAUUGAUGAUGAUCAAUAUGAAGAGAAACUGAAGAAAGAAACUUUAGUAUUUUUCAUGCUGGCAACUUAUGGAGAUGGAGAGCCAACUGACAAUGCUGCAAGAUUCUAUAAAUGGUUUACCGAGGGUAAAGAGGAGAGGGGCACCUGGCUUCAACAGCUCACGUAUGGAGUUUUUGCCCUAGGUAACAGGCAAUAUGAACAUUUUAAUAAGAUAGGUAAAAUUGUUGAUGAAGAUCUCACUGAACAAGGUGCGAAGCGUCUUGUUCCAGUUGGACUAGGUGAUGAUGAUCAAUCCAUUGAGGAUGAUUUUAAUGCUUGGAAAGAAACUCUAUGGCCUGAGUUGGAUCAGUUGCUCCGAGAUGAGGAUGAUGUAAAUACUGUGUCUACUCCCUAUACAGCUGCUAUUUCUGAAUAUCGAGUAGUGAUUCAUGACCCCACUGUCUCGCCGUCUAAUGAGAAUCAUUUCAAUGUGGCAAAUGGGGGUGCUGUAUUUGAUAUUCAUCAUCCUUGCAGGGUGAAUGUUGCUGUUCGAAGGGAGCUUCACAAACCUCAGUCUGACCGUUCUUGCAUACAUUUGGAGUUUGAUUUAUCAGGGACUGGUGUAACAUACGAAACUGGAGACCACGUGGGUGUUUAUGCUGAGAACUAUGAUGAAACUGUUGAAGAAGCUGGGAAGUUGUUGGGUCAGAAUUUAGAUUUGCUUUUUUCUCUUCACACCGACAAAGAAGAUGGCACUUCCCUAGGUGGUUCUCUUCUACCUCCUUUCCCUGGUCCUUGCACAGUGCGCACUGCAUUAGCAUGUUAUGCAGAUCUCUUGAACCCCCCACGAAAGGCUGCUUUAGUUGCAUUAGCUGCUCAUGCUUCUGAGCCUAGUGAAGCAGAAAGAUUGAAGUUUCUCUCAUCUCCUCAGGGAAAGGAUGAAUACUCCAAAUGGGUUGUUGGAAGCCAGAGAAGUCUCCUUGAAGUGAUGGCUGAUUUUCCAUCAGCAAAACCUCCCCUCGGUGUUUUUUUUGCUGCCAUAGCCCCUCGUUUGCAACCUCGUUAUUAUUCUAUUUCAUCAUCGCCUAGGCUUGCCCCACAAAGGGUACAUGUUACUUGUGCUCUGGUAGAAGGUCCAACUCCGACUGGCAGGAUUCACAAAGGAGUAUGUUCAACCUGGAUGAAGAAUGCUAUUCCCUUGGAGAAAAGUCGUGACUGUAGCUGGGCUCCCAUAUUUAUCAGACCAUCAAAUUUCAAGCUGCCAGCCGAUCAUUCAAUUCCUAUUAUUAUGAUUGGACCUGGCACUGGUUUGGCACCUUUUAGGGGAUUUUUACAGGAGAGACUUGCCCUCAAAGAGGAUGGUGUUCAACUUGGUCCUGCAUUACUCUUCUUUGGAUGCAGGAACCGUCAAAUGGAUUUUAUUUAUGAGGAUGAGCUAAAUAAUUUUGUGGAACAAGGUGCUAUGUCAGAGUUGAUAGUUGCAUUCUCUAGAGAGGGGCCUGAAAAGGAGUAUGUUCAACACAAAAUGAUGGAUAAAGCAGAAUACUUGUGGAGUCUGAUUUCUCAGGGUGGUUAUCUUUAUGUCUGUGGUGAUGCCAAGGGCAUGGCUAGAGAUGUUCAUCGAAGUCUUCAUACCAUUGUCCAGCAGCAGGAAAACGCGGACUCUUCAAAGGCAGAGGCUACGGUGAAAAAACUCCAGAUGGAUGGGCGUUACCUAAGGGAUGUCUGGUGAUUUUCCAGAUCGUUCAUUUGUCUUGGUUGUGGCAUCCUUGGUAUUGGAUAUGUUAUUUUCAAGAUGGCUGAAAGAUAUAUUUUUUAGAGUAAGUACUGCUUCUAGGAAAUUUUGGGGCACAGAGGGGGGAGGCUGAACAAGUUUCCUCGAGAAAAAAACUAUUUUAUGGGCAUUUGCCUCUUUCUUUCUUAUAAUCUUUAUAUUCUCUUAUUGUGAUAGGCUAGAUCCCUUUGGACUAGGAUUAUAUCUAGGGGAUUGUAUAAUAAUAAUAAUAAUAGUGUAGAAAUUGGUUACCAAUAAUUAUUUUAUCAAUGAAACUGGGGUAUUUUUUUAAAAAUAA